AUGUGUCCAAGUGCUGAGGUGACACCUAAGUUUUACUCAAAGGUUGUAAAUAUAUAUAAAGUUACCCAAGAACUGUGUUCCCAAAUAAAUGUCAGAGAAGCACCAGUUUCACGGACUUGCGAAAUCUUGUGUGCGUCGCGGGUGGAUACUGUGCCUACCGUGCGAAAUCUCGAGGCCACGUGGUUGGAGCUCACUUCGUGUGACCUUCCGCAUUGUGUUCGGGAUUUUAUGUGGGAGGCUGGACAUGGUGUUUUACCCACGCGCGACAGACUGUGUAGGUGGGGUAUGAUUAGGAAUUUAGCGUGUCCCAAUUGUAGUCUCCCGGAAACUAAUCGCCAUGCAGUUGAACAAUGUGUGCAAGUGAAAACCUUUUUUACUUUAGUACGCAGAACGUUUGGGUUCCGGCCGAUGGUUAGUCGACAAAGACGAUGCCGUUUCCAAAGCUUGAUUGUAGCGACAGCGUUGUAUGUUGUAUGGCGCAGCCGAUGCAUUGCACUGGUUCAGAAGAGACCAUAUAGACUAAUGUAUCCUAUGUUGAUACGCCUUCGAAAGAUUUUGUACAACCACUUAGACACGAAGUUACAUGAACUGGGUGAACAUGAAUUUCUGAAGAGGUGGGGAACUAGGUACAUUGCUGUAAAGAAUGGAUCUAGAGUGCAGUUACGCUCAAGAGCGAUUUAG